AGUUCGAAGACGAGCAAGCGCGAUAGCAGCUCGGCUAAUUUUCCCUAGGAGAGAGCAAGUUUCAAGGAAAAAUCUCCCAGUUGGAUCUAUUUUUCUUUUUUUGCAAGCAUGAAGAAGGUCACCCUCUCUACUUGUUGGAGCUGCGAGGGAAAGAUCGACGCCCUCAAAAAGAUCAAAGGAGUUGAUAAGGUGGAAUCGGAGUCAUCAGGCCUGGUAGUGAUCGGCAAAUUUGAUGUGGACGACGUGGUCAAGGCGGUGGAUUGCCACCACAGCGUUCUUCGUUCCGUCGAGAACGAUUACGAGCCCCCAAAGAAGAAGGACGAGAAGAAGGAGGGCGGUGGUUCUAGCGUUGUAUACGUUUACACCCAUACCUACAAUUACUACAGCUAAAACACUGCACAGAUGUUAAGGAGCGCCAAAUUGUGAUUUUGGCAAUUGGGAUGGAUCAAGAGCGAAGAAACCGUUUCAAGAGUUUCGUGAAGGAUUGAUUGGAUCUGGAGAAGCUGAGUCAAAAGCGGAUUCAAAAUAAUAUUCCCGCGGUGAUUACUUUUUGUGCAAAUGCCGGUAGAUUUCGGGAACUUUCGCGGGUCGAGAAUAAGGACCAACUUUUUGUUCCGACGUCAAGCUGCUUUUUUGGCCGCCAAAAGUGGAGUGCCAUUUUUCGUAUGGAUGUGAAGUUCUACACUGUCGGUCGACGCUGGGAGAAAACACGCCGAAGUAACUACAGGGAGAAGAAAGAGAAAGAGAAAGCGAGCGUAUCGUGUCCCGACGCGUUUUGCUGUUGCGAUGGUGUAAGAUUUUCGUGCUUAAAUAGGGUAGUCGAGUUCUAAAGAGAGAUCAAGCGUGUUUUUCCCGAGUGAAGAAAGGAAGCAAGGAUUCUGAUUUGAGAUCGAAGCUCGUUUUUCCACAAGCAAGCAAUUCAUCAUGAAGAAGGUGUCAUUGUCUACUUGCGCGAGCUGCAAGGGGAAGACUGAUGAAUUCAAGAAGAUCAAAGGGGUGGAGAAAGUGGAAUCCGAUUCUUCUGGCUUGGUUGUGAUCGGGAACUUCGAUCUGGACGAUGUUCGCAAGGUGAACAGUUGCCAUCACGGGAUCCUCCGCUCGAUCGAGAACAAUUACGAGCCCCCGAAGAAGAAAGAGGAGAAGAAGGAAGAGAAAAAGAAAGAGGAGAAGAAAGAGGAGAAGAAGAAAGGAGAGGAAAAGAAGAAAGUUGUGCAAGUCUACACCGACAACUUCAAUCUCUACUACAACUGAAGUGAAAGUUUGAGAUGGAUUGAUGCGAUAGCGUUUGAAUUCUUGUAAAAAUCUUCCUUUUUCUCUUAAAAAGAAAUUGUCAGUUUUGUAUAAAUUUUCUUGGGUUUUCCUUUCC